AUGUUCACCACAAUGGGCCUCCCUCCAAUCUUCCCCGACUUCGCCAGCCACGCGCCUCCGGCCCUGUCGAGCCCUUCAGCCCACCGACCUGCCAUCUCCUCGCCCUUGUCGUCCAGCCCCAUUCGCGCGACAACGCCGCCGCCACUGUCGGCCUGCGACGCCAACGCGCGGAGGGAGGUCCAGUCGUCGCCCAUAUCCGCGUCUUCGUCCUCGUGGGCGGGCCACACCAAGCCCACUAGCAGGUUCGCGGCGCGCCCCACGCGGCCGAACCCCGUGGUCAGCCAGAAGCGCGAGGCCGCGCAGGAGAGCAGGCGGAAGCUCUUUCUCAAGAACGUGCGGCAGAGGGCGGACGACAGCCGGUGGGAGAGGAGGGGCGGCGAGCAAGAGUUGCUCAAGCUGGAGUGGUUCUCCUUGAACAAGGACCUGCAGCAAGCAAAGAACGCCGAUGUCGAUGGGCUAGUGUUCGAGUCGGACAUUGAGGAGGCCGCGCGACUGCGGGAGGAGGCCGCCGCCGCCAGUUCAUCAGCCGGCACUUCAACGGUAGCACACGGGCCAAUCAAUCCCGAUGCGGACGAGAUGAUGUUGGACAUGGUUGAACAAGAGCAGCGCGCUGAGGUUGAGGAAUUUGAGGCUAUGAUGGCAUCAAUACAGGACAGCGGUCCUGACGGGCAACAAUGGGGCCAGCAGCAUGAACAAAAGCCGCCUGAUUCACCACAUCUGUCAGAUGAUGAUGACUACGACGCGCUGUUCAUGGACUAUCUCUCCCAGGAGCAACAUGGUAUGGGUCAGGCGCCCUCGUCUUCGGGCGAGAUGGAUUUGUCAUGA